CCCCAGCAGCAGUUACCCUUCCUCAUCACACAAAAACAAAGCUUCAAAGCUUUUUUAACCUACAAAAAUGGCGCAAGCACAGACACCCCACAUCGCUAUCCACCCCAGUCCGGGAAUGGGCCACCUCAUCCCUCUCGCCGAGCUCGCCAAGCAGCUAGUCCACCGUCACAACUUCACCGUCACGUUCAUAAUCCCCUGCGACGGUCCUCCCACAAAGGCACAGAAGUCCGUCCUCGACGCUCUCCCAACCGCCAUCGACCACGUCUUCCUCCCGCCUGUCAGCUUCGACGACCUCCCUGCUGGCACUCAAAUAGAGACCCUUAUUUCUCUCACCAUCUCUCGUUCCCUCACUUACUUGAGGAACACGGUCGAGUCUAUGAUGGGCCGUGCGACGGGGAAGAAGCUGGUAGGGUUGGUGGUGGAUCUUUUCGGCACCGACGCUUUUGAGGUGGCUAGAGAGUUUAAUAUUUUCCCCUACAUUUUCUUCUGCUCCACCGCCAUGGCUCUGUCGUUGUUCUUAUACUUGCCGAAGCUGGACGAAGCGGUGUCGUGCGAGUAUAGGGAGUUGGAGGAGCCGGUGCGGAUUCCAGGGUGUCUGCCGAUUCACGGCAAGGAGCUGCUGGACCCGGUUCAGAACCGUAAAGACGAGGCUUACAAGUGGGUGCUUCACCAUGUCAAGCGUUACGGACUGGCGGAGGGCAUAAUGGUAAAUAGCUUCAUGGAGUUGGAGCCUGGGGCUCUAAAGGCUUUGCAGGAGAAAGAACCGGGAAAGCCUCCGGUUUAUCCGGUCGGACCGCUGGUGAGGAUGGACUUCAAGGAUGGGGCCCACGAGGGCAAGUGUUUGAAGUGGUUGGAUGAGCAGCCACGUGGGUCGGUCCUAUAUGUUUCGUUCGGGAGUGGUGGGACCCUGUCCUAUAAUCAGAUCAAUGAAUUGGCUUUGGGGUUGGAAAUGAGUGAGCAAAGGUUUAUGUGGGUGGUGAGGAGCCCUAGUGACAAAGCUACCAAUGCCACUUAUUUCAGUGUACAUAGUCAAGAUGAUCCUCUGGCCUUCCUUGCCAAAGGGUUUCUAGAUAGGACCAAACGGCGGGGGCUCGUGGUGCCGAACUGGGCACCACAAGCUCAAAUAUUGGGACAUGAAUCGACCGGUGGAUUCCUCACCCACUGUGGUUGGAAUUCAUGCUUAGAGAGUGUUGUGUAUGGUGUCCCCCUCGUGGCAUGGCCCUUGUACGCGGAGCAAAAAAUGAACGCAUUUAUGUUCACCCACGACAUAAAAGUAGCACUAAGACCAAAAACGAACGAAAAUGGCUUCGUGAAGAGGGAGGAAGUCGCCGUGGUGGUUAAAGGUCUAAUGGAAGGCGAGGAAGGUAAGCGACUUAGAAACCGACUGAAGGACCUAAAAGAUGCUGCAACGAAGUCUCUGAGUGACGAAGGGGCUUCAGCAAAGGCACUGUCCGAAGUGGUCGCAAAAUGGAAAACCCUUGUAUGUAACUAGUAUUAAGUCUUCAUUCCUCCAUUAUUAGCUACUUUCUCUUAUCUCUAACUAUCUUUUUUUGCAUUUGUUUGUGUUAAGUUCUAAAGCUACAUGCUAGCAUAAUACUUGGUUGGGUUGACUGUAAGAUAUUGUGCAUAGACAAAAGCCUCUUUUAUUUGUACAUC